AUGAUGGCAGAACUUACCGAGUUAGCUCUUGAAGGAGAUGAUGAGGAAGAAGAGGAAGUGUAUAAUAGAGAAAAUGCCUCCACUGUGCUGACACCAAAAUGCGAUCGUUGUGUGAUCUAUCAAGCGAUGCUUAUUGAUUCGUUGAAAUCUAUGCAGGUGUUAUCUGCUCAAAAUGUUCAGUUGGAGGAUUUGAAACCGCAAGUUGCCGAAUCGCAUAAUCAGAUAGAAGAAAGCCUGAAAGCUGAACACACGCUGAAAGCUCGAGCGGAAACUGCUGAAGCGGAAGCGGUGCAGGUAAAAGAGAAGUUUGAUGCGCUUGAAAAAGACUUCGAUGCUAUGGCAAAGGCCGCUGAAGAGGGAAAGAAACAUGCUAAUGAGGCGAACGUUUGGCGAGCGAAAUAUGAAAGAUCUCUCGAAUUGUCCAAGAAGAUUCAAGAUAAGCGAAAGAACGAAAUGGACACCUUCGAGAAAGUUCUCACCCUUGGCAAUGGAUACUGUAAAGAGUCGAAACAUCUGCAAGCCAAAAUCAAAUCUAUAAAAAAGGAUUUUGACAAGGUGAUGAAGCUUAUCAAAACAUACGUGCCUGUUAUGCUCAAUGUUAUAAAGCAUGCCAAGACUUCACCAUCUUUCAAAUCUGAGAUGCCACCAAAUAUACAGCUAGAUGCUGAGAAGUUAUGCACUGGUGAUGUGGAGAGGGCAUUCGAGUUUGACUUCCCGGAUCACCGUUCUCAUGCGGAGGAUGAUGAUGAUGAUGGUAUGUCUUCUGAGUUGGAGAGGCUAGUGGGUGGUGCUGUGCCUUCAAAGAAGCUUGUUGAAUCACCUCUGGCCAAGAAGUCUUCGCGAGCAGCACCUCAGUUUUCCAAAGUAGCAAAAACACCCGUCCUACAUGUACAGCAGCCUUCAAGCGCCGUCGAGGGCCCGGAAAAAACUGCUGCUCUGACCACGGAAUCUGUUGAUGCAGUCAUGGAAUCAAACGCGCCUGCUCCAGAAUUAGUGGAACCACAUAUCGAACAGUUGGGUGAUGAGGAGGCUGACGCGCUCCUUGAAGCUGGAGCUGAAGCAAUAACAAUGGUAGUUCCGCCGAUGCCCGCGCGAGGAAGAGGACGAGGGCGAGGAAGAAGGGGGAGAGGAGCGAGACAAGAUUAUGCAGCACAGCCUUCUGGUUCCGAACAUUUCCCUCUGAACAAGCGCUACGAAGAGAUUCUAGCAUCAAAGCUCAAAAGAAGAGACGAUGUUCCCGAAGGACUUGCAUCGACGUCCAAUGUGAAGCAUAUGAGCAUCCAUGGAAAGAAGACCAUGUCAGUACGUGAACAACAGGAGGCUCAAAUGAAGGUCUCAAUGAAAGAGAAAGUGGCUCUGAUGAAGAAAAAGGAGGCAGAACGCGUUCGCACGCUUGAUGACGACAACGAUGCCGGUGACGCUGUUUUGUCUACCCUUGAAUUAACGGGAGAAACUGCCACACAAGUCGUUUUAAAAGCUGCUCAGGAAGAGUCUCCUAAAAAGCUAACGACGGGAGAUUCUCAUUGGCGCGGGAAGACUUGCUCUUAUCGGCUUCUCCUUCACCUGCUUCUAGUGUAUUGGAAGGUCAAGGUAGGAUUCAUUUCUUGUCGCUCCUUGUUUUAG